UAUCUAAUAUUAUAAUAUUCACCCAUGUCUUAUUAUCUAUGACUGUACACCGUCUGCUUAUCAGUUAUUUCCCUAUUAUAAAUAAAUAGUAAUAUAAAUAUUAAAUAUUCAAUUACAAUAAUUGCUCCGAUUUGGAAAUCCAUUAAUAAAUUAAAAAGAGUUUGUAUGACGCUGAUGGUCGUUAGAAGUGGCGGUGGCCGGCUGUGGCCUGCGACCGGUUAUGCGUAGUGCGUGUUACUCACUUAAACGAGGCAGUCGUGUGCCAUUGCCAUGUUCUAUUUACUCGUUCGUAAGUCGUAUGAAAACUCCGCGUGCCAUUGCCGUUUGGUUAGCGAAAAUUUGUUAUUUACGAGGUCCGUUAGCUAUGAUCUCCGACCCUCCUAAGACCCGAGACUGGUGGCCGGCGUUGGAGGACUUACGACUGACGGAUACCGCCGUGGUCGUCCUCAACACCAGCAUUGAAAAUCCCCCAAAGCUAGUGCGGCAUCUGUGGAACAAAUCUUGGCUCCGAGUAACUGUUGAUGGCGGCACUAACAAAUGGCACAGUUUCGUCAAACAGAACUCAUUUGAUGACUUGAAAUUCCCUGAUCUUAUUACCGGUGAUCUGGAUUCGGCCAACCCUGCUGUUGUUGAGCAGUUUGUGUCGAUGGGUUCAAAAAUCAUUCCUACGCCCAACCAGGAUGAGACCGACUUCACCAAAGCUCUUAAAGAGGUUAAGAAAUACUCAGCAAAGAAUGGCAAAUCAAUAGAUUCUAUUAUUGUCAUGGUGAACAUGUGUCAUAGGGUCGAUCAUUUCUUGUCAAAUUUAAACACUUUGUACAAGUCAAAGACUAAAGACCUUUACUUUGAUGAAGACAUAUAUCUGCUGGGAAGGAAUUCAUUGACUUGGUUGCUUCAGGCUGGCACACAUCGUAUUCAUGUUCCUCAGUCUCUCAGGUUGCACCCAGAGAAUAAUUAUGUAGGCUUUUUUCCAAUGGGUUCGGCAUGCAACGAAUGUACAACUACAGGACUCAAAUGGAAUUUAAGUGGAAAACUGAUGGAAAUGGGAGGACUUACCAGUAGUAGCAAUACAUUCAAUGGUGAACCAAUCGUCACAAUCACCAACAGUUCUCCGCUAUUGUGGACAAUGACUAUGGGUUAUGAAGAAAGUUUCUAAACCAAGAAGAACACUGUUAGAUUGGUGUAUUUUAUUCCAAAGUAAAAUUCUCCCCUUCCUACUGCCUGGCCACUCGUUAUUAAUUCGCACAAGGAUCUUUAUCUUAUCAUCUGUACUGUCAGUAUAACUGCAAUAAAUCUAGUACAUAAUUUGAUUAAUGUAUCUGUGCGCUUAUUUUUAUUAAGUAAUAUUUUAGAAAAAUAUAAUUAUUUUUUUUAGAAUAUAUUUGUUGUUAGGGCCUAAAGAGGUUGUUAUAUUAUGAUAUAGUCUAUGCAAUAAUGUAUAUUAUUAUUUGUUUUUAGCCAAAUAUAUUUAUACACAUGUAUGAUAUUGUAAUGA